AAAGUGACAAUAGUUCUGUGAGUCAGUCAGACAGAAGAAAGGGGUCGGCUUGGGAGGACGGGACCAGGGAAGCGUACCAGGUUGAUAUCUCCACAGGCUUUCCUGUCGCGGUGGGCUACAGGAGACCGGGAGGAGAGCAACACUGGCUAUCAUGGAGGGAUCAGAGGGCCAGGAACUUAGCAGCUAGGGAUGGAGAGGAGGGCAGCCACCAGGGCUCUGAGCGCAGCAGGGAACCAGAGGAGGGCAUGGACCAGGACUCUGAUGUGUGGCCUGUAUACCGCACAUCCCCCUACAGGGCGGAAGCUGCCAGGCAGGCGCAGGCCAGCACCACCACCCGUAUCCUCUUUGUGGACGAGGGCCAUCAAUGCAGGUCUGUACUGGCCCAAGCCAUUUUCGAGGACCUGCUGAAGUGCUAUGGGCGCCACCUGGACGUCCGAGUGGAGUCUGCUUCUGUGGGACCUGCUCCUCCAGGUGAGCAUGACAGGAGGGUGGUGGCAGCUGCCCGGCAGGCGCGUGUGUCGCUGAGGCCGCGGCUGCCGCGCGUGUUUGAUGAAGUCGUGGACAUUGUCAACUUUGACCUGGUCGUGGUCUUGGACCACUUCGACCUCACCGAGGUGGUCAAGGAAGUCGCGGUACUGGACAACAUAAAUCCAGGCGGCCUCUACGCAGCUCGUGUGAAGUUGCUGGGCAGGUAUGCGCCCAAGGCGGCAUCAUUUGCGGGGCCGCCUUCGCUGGGAGCAGAGGACAUUCCGGACCCCUUGUAUGGAAAUGCGGGCGGUCCGGCCGAGCUGGUGCGGCUGCGCACGACCGUGCAGCAGAUCCGCGCCGCCUGCAGGGGGCUCCUGCGCCACCUGCUGGACCUGGACAAGAGGUGCCGGGGCGGGCUGCCGCUGUCCAAGGCGCUGUUGCAGGCGCUGCAGUGCCCGCUGCUGUCCGCCAGCGCCAGUUGCGCGGUCGCCCCCCGUCUGCACCGCACGCGCGCGCAGCGCCCGGUGUGGCGCGAGGCCGUCGGCGCGGCCAGGGCCGGGGAUGCGGAUGCGGCCGCCGCCUUCUACACCAUCCGCGUCAUCAACGGCAAGCAGCGCGUCGUGCGCCGGCCGGGCGCGCCCGCAAAACCGGGUUACUGGAAGGACCGCAAGAACGUGGAGGCGGAGCUGCGCAAGUUCAUGGCCACGCAUGGCAUCUCCGGCCGGAUGCCCUCCUGCACGGAGCUGCGCGAAGCCGGCGCAUUCACGUUAUACUCUGCCAUAUCCAAGCACGGCGGCGUCGGCGCCUUUGCCAGGCAGCUCGGGUUGGACCCGAAGCGGCGAGACUCUGGGUACUGGGAGGACUUCGAGAAUCUCAAGCAGGAGCUCAUGUCCGUCGUUUCUGGAGACCCUGCCUCGCAAUCAGAGCAUGACAGCUUGCAGGAUGCUGCUAGCUUGGCAGCCAAUGCCGGGGAAGAAGGCACCCUGCCCCAAAACGCCUUGGACGACGACGGGCCAAGGGAGUCUGACAGAAAGGGGGAGCCGGAUGAAGCUGCUGCGCAGCUGCCGGGCAUGCCCACCAUCCAGGACCUGCAGCGCAGCGGCCACAACAGCCUGAUUAAGGCCAUCAACCAUUGGGGCGGCCGAAGUGCUGUCGCGCGGCGGCUCGGCCUCGCCUGCUCACCGACGCGGCGGCUGAUGACGCUGGGGGACCUGAGCCUGGAGCUGGAGAAGGCGGUGCCAUUUGUGCUGCAGUUUGGCGUCAUGCCCAGCCGCACGCAGCUGCUGGAAGCUGGACGGCCCGACCUCCUGCAGGCCGUCAAGCGCAUGGGCGGGUUCAAGCGGGUGGCAGCCGCGCUGGAGUUGGCGUUUCUGCCGGCGCGACGCGGCCGCUCGGCCGCCGGGGCCUGGUCGCCCGGCGAUGUCCAGUCACCACUAGCGCUCGUGCAGUUCGGGUCCAGUCAGCACCCCGUCAGCAUCUCGGAGGCCCCCCUCCCGGUUCCCCCGGGGUCCCCCCUGCCGGGCUGCCAGGACAGGAACGCAAGCGGAGACGGGGAUGCGGCGGCCGGGCCGGAGAGGGAACGCCGUGCGGCGCGACUGGAAGCCGAGCGGGAAGUCAGGGCAGCGAUGAUGCAGGCAACUCCGCGGCGGAAUGUUGCGCUUGGAAUCGGAAGCAGGUGGAAUGAGGGAGGAAGGGGAGCAUCUGCAACGAGCGUGUCGCCGAUCCCAACCGGCCGACCGCCUUCCACCAUCGGCAUGCGCACCGGCAGCGGCGCUGCCGGCCUGGGGCUGCUGAGAAAGCAGGAGGAGCAGGACAGUGAGGGUGCCAUGGUGGCACCGCUGUUGCAGGAAGUGGCUGCAGAGGUUCAGCACUUUGUGGCCACCAGUGGAUUCUCGCGCAUGCCUACCAGGCUAGAGCUCAAAGUUGCAGGCACGAACCCACACUCUUCUCCGGGCGCCCAGAUCUGGUAA